AUGAUAUUGCGUUUAAUGAUCAUAGAAGAUGGACGCCGAGUGCUUGUCAUUGAAAGAGACUUAAGUCUGCAAGACAGAAUAGUUGGUGAAUUGCUUCCACCCGGGGGUUAUCUGAAACUGAUUGAAUUGGAUCUUGAAGAUUGUGUCAAUGGAAUUGAUGCCCAAAGAGUGCUCGGAUAUGCUUUGUUCAAAGAUGGAAAAAGUACUAGAUUGUCCUACCACUUGAAAGGCCUCCACCCGGACAUAACUGGGAGAAGCUUUCACAAUGGGCACUUCAUACAACAGAUGCGAGAGAAGGCUGCAACAUUUCCGAAACAAGCUACAGUGACAUCUCUAAUUGAAAAACGGGGGACUGGUAAAGGAGUGCAAUACAAGACUGCAAGUGGUCAAGAAAUGACAACACAUGCUCCUCUCACCAUUGUAUGUGAUGGGUGCUUUUCAAAUUUGCGACGCUCACUAUACAAGCCCAAGGUAGACAUUCCCCCUUUUUUUGUUGCUUUGAUCCUUAAGAAUUGUCAACUACCAUACGCAAACCAUGGACACGUUAUUUUAGCAAAUCCUUCACCCAUUCUGUUAUAUCCCAUCAGUAGUACUGAGGUCCGCUGUUUAGUAGACAUACCAGGCCAGAAGGUGCCUUCCAUUUCUAAUGGUGAUUUGGCUAGUUAUUUGAGGACCAUAGUUGCCCCUCAGUGUCUUAACUUUGUGAUUAUGGCACUUGGUUUGCUUCACAUGAUGAUCAUAUUAUUUGAGGACCAGCUGCUUCUCAUCCCACUCCAGCCAGUGGCAUCAACAAUAAAUACUUUGGCAGGUGCACUAUAUAAGGUAUUCAGUGCUUCGCCAGAUCGAGCAAGGAUAGAAUUGUGCCAAACAUGUUUUGAGUAUCCAAGUCUUGGGGGUAUAUUUUCAAAUGGACCCAUUUCUCUGCUAUCCUGUCUGAACCCUAGACCAAUGAGCUUGGAGCUCCAUUUCUUUGCUGUGGCUAUCUAUGGUGUCUGUUCCAUGUUACUUCCAUUUCCCUCACCUAACCGUGCAUGGCUUGGUGGUAGAUUGAUCUCUGAUGCGUCGAGUAUCAUUUUCCCCAUCAUAAAGGCUGAAGGAGUCAGACAGAUGUUCUUCCCUGUAACCGUUCCAGCAUACUACAGAGCUCCUCCCACUAAUUGAGGCGACGAAUACAAAGUUCUUUUCUGCGUCAGAGAAAACCUGUACUGCAUCAAUCGAUCACCUUCCGGUGAUGGAGAGGAUGGUUGGAGUUGGAUAUCAACUUUAGCUAGGAAAGCACCUUAUGUAGCGUUGAUUCUACUUCAAAUUUUUAGUGUCAGUUCUUAAGUUGCC